AUGUAUGAAGAUGAUAUCCUCAAGCGCUUUGGAAUGGAGGAGUGCAAGGCUGUGGCGAGUCCUGUGGAUGUCAGCUCUCGACUGAUGUCAAGCAACGCUACGAGCAAGAUCGAUGUUCCAUUCUUCGAAGCUGUUCGUGCUUUGAUGCAUCUGACUACUGCAACACGACCGGACAUCGCCUAUGCUGUGAGCUUUGUGUCGCGCUUCAUGAAGAAUCUCCAAGAAGAACACUGGGUUGCGGUCAAGCGCAUCUUUCGCUACCUACAAGGCACUAAGAUGCAUGGAAUUUGCUGCAAGCCACGUGGAAGGAUCGACUUUCGUGGUUCUUCGGACGCAGACUGGGCCGGCGACCUUACUGAUCGCUAG